GGGUCACGGGAGGGGGGGGGAGCAGUGGGAAGGCUGAUGGGAGGAUGUGCGUUCGGCGGUGAAUUAACCGGUCCCGUGAGCCCGACCCCCGCUACUGCACGGCGGCCGGCGCGGGGCAGGGAGGAUGGUGCAGUCUUGUUCCGCCUACCGCUGCCGGAACCGAUACGACAAAGAGAAGCCCAUCUCCUUCCACAAGUUUCCUCUUACGAGACCUGAUCUUUGCAAAAAAUGGGAGGCUGCUGUAAAAAGGAAAAACUUCAAACCGACCAAGUACAGCAGCAUUUGCUCAGAGCACUUCACUCCUGACUGCUUUAAAAGGGAAUGCAACAACAAGCUUCUGAAAGAAAAUGCCGUGCCCACGAUAUUUUGUUACACUGAACCUAGCGAAAAGCCUGAAGAAUUUACAGAACAGCCAGAAGAUCCGCUGCCGCCUCCCCCACUGCCACCGCCGCCACCACCGCCGCCGCCACCUCCGCCACCAGCAGCUCCAGUACUACCAGCAUCUCCGUCAACUCCUUCAUUUCAUCUCUCUCAGAUAGAUGCCAGAUUAGUUGAUCCAAGUAUUGGAUUAUUGAUGCCUCCUCUCCAGACCCCUAGCAAUCUUGCGGUUUUUUGUGAUCACAACUAUACCGUAGAGGAUACAGUUCAUCAACGAAAACGAAUUCAGCAGCUGGAGGAGCAAGUUGAAAAACUGCGGAAGAAACUCAAGACAGUGCAGCAGCGAUGCCGGCGUCAAGAAAAACAAAUUGAAAAACUGAGAGAAGUUGUUCAGUUUCAGAAAGAAAAAGACAUACUGGCAGGAAAAGGCUACGUGAUUCUACCCAAUGACUAUUUUGAAGUUGUAGAAGUACCUGCCUAGAAGUCAUGAACAUCGGUUUUCACUUUGCUAGGACAAGAAAUUUAGUUUGAAAACUAAAUGCUCUCUAAUUCUGUGCACAAGACUCUCUAAGAGUUCUCAGACAGUAAAUAUGCAGUCAUACAAACGAGAAUACAAUUUUUCUUCAUGGUCAUUUCAGUUUGAUACACUUCGAAAGUGCAAGCAUCUCAGAAUUAGAAUGUGCAUUUAGUUUACAAAAUCUGAAUUGCAGGAAAGGAUGCAAUGGUGAAUACAUUUAAACCCAGGGUUUUGAUUUGUUUUUUUGCUUUGUUUUGUUUUUGUUUUUACGUUUUGGUUUGGCUUGUUCAUUUGUUUGUUUUUUUUUUUUUUUACAGCGGCUGUCUUAUGCUUACAGGGAUUGGGGAACUGAAUCUGGCUGAGAGUGAAGUUGAGGUUAUACACUUAGUUCAAAGCUUUGUCAAGGCAUUUAAUGUUGGCUUUGGUGAUCCCCAGGAAGUGGUUUUCACUGAUUUCAGAAGGAGCAGGAUUAAGGCAGCUAAGACUACCUGCAAGUGCUGCAGAAAAAUAAAGGAAGUUAAGAUAAACAUUUCAGCCUGGGAAAACUUCCAGCCUCAGUUUGCUAUGCCUUCAAAGCACUGCAAAAAGUCUAAUUCCUGGAUGCCUUUGGUGAGGUAUGUAAAUGAACCUCUUAUUUUGGAGUAACCUUUCACCACGUGUGUGUUGUGAGGGACAUGAGGAGAAUUUGCAGCAUAGCUGAUGUAGAAGAGGCUUUAGUUUGAGGGCACUUAAAAACACUCCUGAAGUGCAGUGCUACACUGAACGUAUGUGUUAUUGGACUGUUGGCUGGAUCAAGAAGGCAGUGUACUGUUUUGGAGUGGCUGUUCUAAAGUACCUUGAUAAUAUACAGUCCUCAAGGUGUUGCAGUGUGACAUUCCUACUGUAAUGGGUGGAAUGUUGUCCUCAUCCUUGAGUCUCAUCUCAAUUGUGUGUAGCUUCAGGAAAAAAGUUUUUUUUAUCUUAUCGAGGUGUCAGGCAUUUGUGACUUCCAUUGCAGUAUGCUGUGGGUUUUCCCUUGCUCUCUCAGUGGUCCCUCCCCAAAAGGUGUCCACUGAAGGGCAGUAACGGAAUUAGUCUUUGGGAGCUGCUUGGUGCUAGACUGGUUUUUAAUAUCUCAAAUGCUGCUGCCUCUCCUUCAGCCUUAUUAAGACUCAUUGUAAAAGUGAAUUUAGCAUGACAAAGUAGUGCAGCAGUUUGCACUUACUGUCUGAUAGUUUAUUUAGUCAAUUAACUCAUUCAAAAUCAGAGAAAAUGGUAUCAUGCUAACCCUGUUGUAGCCUUCACAGCCGAAAUUCCUGGAUAUAUUAGACACAAGGAAAAUGACUUUUCUCAGUCCAUGUCAUACUUGUGUGUAGUGUGGAUUCUAGCUCUGACGCUAAUCAAGGCCUAUUCAUGAUGGCUUUAAAAGCUUCCGUUAAUAUCCUGUUAGCACAACAUUUUGAAAUGUUUUGAACCAGUCUUUAUACUUCUGACCUCACUCAUGCCACAUGUCUACUUUCCCAUUUCAUAGACUUACAGUGAACAAAAAUUGAUGAUGCGUCCUUUUGUGUACAUUUAUGAUACGUGAUUUAAAAUAAAAAGCAAAUGGUGUGUUAGAUUUUUAACUACUCUUUCUCCUCUUUUCCCAGGACUUUGCCAAAACUAGCUUCACAUUUUGUUGUUUGUUUUUUUUUUCUAAAGUAACUUCCUGGUUUAGAUGCUGGGUUUUAUUCACAGCAUUCCCAAGUCUUGUUGCUGUUAUGCUUUAUACUUAAAAUAAACUUGAAAAUGUUAAAAUUAAAAAA